CCCGCGCCCGCCCGCACUCCGCCCCCGAAGCUCUUACUGGACGCUCACCUCUGGAAGCUCACCCCUGGAAGCUCACAUUAAGACGUCUCCUCUGGUCGCGCGUAGGAUCCGUUUGUGCGGAAGCAGAACCCGUGACCCCGAGCCUCGUCCGCCUAGCAUCAAGGUCGACCUUAAGCCUCAUCAUCGCUGCCCUGAGGAUGACUCCAGUCGGGAUAGCGGUCGGGUUAGUGGCCCUCUCGCUGGCACUCCUGGCCAGCCCCGCCGCAGGGAUCCCUCCGUGCUCUACGCUGUGCCCCCAGCACUACCAACCUGUCUGCGGCAGCGACGGCGUCACUUACGGCAACGACUGCAAUCUGGGUGUCGCCAACUGCAUGAAUCCGCGUAUCACCAAGAGACACGACGGGAAAUGCCGUUCUCCUUGCCCUGAGUUUUGUGGGUACAACUACCAUCCCGUCUGCGGCAACAACGGAAGAACCUACAGUAACGAGUGCGAAUUGGAGAAGGACAAGUGUAACAGCGGCAACCGCUUCCUGAGGAAAGUGAAGGACGGGGCCUGCAAUUAGGUCCUGACUCCGAGGCGAAAGCAGCGGGAAGACUCCAUGGCGGUCGCCGGCAGCCACCUGUACCACCAGCUUCAUGUUACUUACGAAUAAUAAUGUUGGACUGUACCAUAAAGGAUUGCUUAAACAAAAUUAAUG